UAAAGACAAAGAGGAAAAAAAAGCAAAUCUUUGUCUCUGGGUGUGAGGAGACAGGUGUAGGGUUGAGAUGAAAUCUGUGGAGGGGUGCGUCUCCCCACAUAACUUUUUGCCGGCUUCUUCAACGGCUUUUUCGCUUCAACUCGCCCGUCCUUCGACGUCGUUUUAUCCCCACCCACCUUAUUCCGUCUCUCGUCUACAGUGCCCUCCGCUUACACCUGCUUUUUCGUUGUCCUAUGAAUUUGGUCGAAAAGCACUUGUCCUUCUUCUUAUUUUCCCCCUAAAUCUAUCUCUCUUAUACUGGUUGUAAUUUGUUAUUCUGUUGCAGAUAUUGGUCUGAAAUUCUCCUUUGCCGUCUUCAAUCGCCACUUGCCGCUCCAACCCUCGCCAAAUGUAUGCACAUCCCAUUACCCCCUCCUCGUGUUCUGUGUGCCCUUGCCUCUUUUUUUUUAAGGCAUAGUCUCUUUCUUUACACUACUACUCGGCUUCUACUACUGCUUUGUGGACUUGUUCUGUUUCAACCCUUUAACAUGAAUAGGCAAAAGUUUUGUUUAUUUUCCCCUGGUUGGUAGGGGGUCGGUCAUUCGUAUCUUGUAAGCGCAAUAGCUGAAAUGAAUGGAGAUAGACCAUAUUCUCAUUACACGGAGACGGGAUUCCCGUAUGCCGCCGCUUACAUGGACUUUUAUGGUGGUGCGGCUCAGGAUGAUCCCCUAAACUAUGCUCAUGCCGGAACAAUGCAUCCUCCUCAUCAGGACAGCCUGUACUGGACCAUGAACACAAAUGCAUACAAAUUUGGAUUUUCAGGAUCAGAUAAUGCUGCUUUCUAUGGUUCUUAUGACCUGAACGAUCAUCUAUCCAGGAUGUCAAUUGGGAGAACCAAUUGGGAGUACCACCUUCCCAUGGUAAACGUUGAUGAGUCAGUUCCACGCUCUGGGGACACCGAUGAUCAUUCUGACGCUGAAGAAUGCUUUGCAAUUGAACAUGAUCCCGAGAGUCCUCAGGUAUCCUGGCAAGACGACAUUGAUCCCGAUACAAUGACCUAUGAGGAAUUAAUAGAGCUCGGGGAAGCGGUAGGAUCAGAAAGCCGAGGGCUAUCUCAGGAACUCAUUGAAACGCUUCCCACUAGAAAAUACAAGUUCGGGAGCUUCUUCUCCAGGAAAAGAGCAGGGGAUAGGUGUGUGAUAUGCCAGCUCAAGUACAAGAUUGGGGAGAAGCAGAUGAAUCUUCCGUGCAAGCACGUGUAUCAUUCUGAAUGCAUAUCGAAGUGGCUAAGCAUCAACAAGAUUUGCCCGGUCUGUAACAGCGAGGUCUUUGGGGAGCCCAGCAUCCAUUGAUUGUCUCCAUUAAGUUAAUUGUUUUAGUUUAGUGAAAAACUCAGAAGAAGAAGCAAAAUUAGUCUAAAAGAAGAAGAUGUCCACACUAUACUACUCUCUCAUGUUCAGUCCUCUCUGUACAUGUAAUUUUUCAUUCUACUUUCAUUUUCGUUUAUGUGUGUAUUGUAACACUCGUAUUGUAUACUAAAUGCUAGCUACAACCAUAUAAGCUAAA